UCAGCCCUAUGUGUUGCAGACCAUAUCGAGAUGUGGCCCACAGAAAUCAGCUCAAUAUGGAAAACAAGAAAAACUGGAAUUUCAGUACUGUUCCUAAUCAACAGAUACAUGUUGCUUUUGUUUGUCAUGACCCAAGCAGUAUCCAAUUUUUCUGGAAAUGGAACAGAUGAACAGUGCCAAGCAUUAGACUUGAUAUUUUCGGUUUGUUCAACUAUUGCCUUGUUUGCAACCAAUGUUCUUUUUGCUUUGAGGGUUUAUGCAAUAUACAGUAAAAAUAAAGUGAUUUUUGGUAUAGCUUCUGCAUUCAUCAUUUCAAGACUUAUACUUGAUAUAUGGGUAAGUCUCAUCAUCACUGGGCCAGCAAGGAUUAGUGGUUUGUAUCUCAUUAGUACAGUACUAACAAUUGGUGUUUCAACAAUUGAGUCUCCAUUUCAAUACAUCUCAAGAUUCCAACUGGCUAUUCCAUUGUUGGCAUUGGGAUAUGACAUUUUCAUCUUUGUCUCAACUGCUGUAAAGACUGUCAAACAUUCAGUGGAAAUGCAAAGGCUCAAUCAAUCUAGUAUCACACAAAUAAUCAUCCGUGAUGGUAAUUCUUGUAUAUAUUGGACUUUAUUGCCCAACCUUCUCAUCAGCCGGUUGAUGCUUAACUUGCACACAUUUUCUAAACCUAGAAACACCAGAAUGUCCCAAGUUCAACAGACUUAUGUGUCAUCAUUGGACUUUGCUUCCAACCGGAUGUUGGGGAAUAUUGGUGCUCCAUUGGAUGGGAGAUCUUUCAAUGAGGAAGAAGAAGAUAACGGA